AUGGCAACUCCAACAACAGAGCACAUCGCAGAGGUUCUGCUGAACCGAGCACACUCCACAGAGAACAGCAAGACAAUUUUCCGCGAAAAAGUGCGUCUGCGGCCCUUAUUAUUACGACCGACAUCACCCGAUCCAAACAUAAAUGCUCGGUCAAAACGACAAUACGACCGUCUCCAAAAGGCCAAAGAACAACGAAAAUCGAAAAAGCCCAAACCACUUUCGGCCAAACAGAAGCGUGCACUCUGCAUUUACGAGAUUCCCAAAGAGCAACGCAAAUAUGACAUCUACGCGCCCUUGCAUGUCAUGUGGUGUUCCUACAUGCGCGAAGUCCUCGGCAUCAGCGAACAACGAUCAUUCGUAGAUCCCGUCGGUGCUGGACCCAUGCUCACAUCGGCGGACUACCACGGCGCAAUGUUGGAAGUAGUCAGGAGUCGAUGUGUGAGCAGGGUCGGUCUGCAAGGUAUUGUCGUGAAAGACAACAAGUUCAGCUUCGAGCUCAUUACUCGCAAGAAUGAACUCAAGACUGUUCCCAAAGAGCACACGGUCUUUCGUUUCGAGGUACCUUUCGAGGUCAAAGAAGGCAUGGAACAGACAUCGCGGGAUCCGCUUUCGUUUGAGAUCUAUGGGAGUCAAUUCGAGGCGCGUGCUCCAGACCGCGCCACCAAGAAGUUCAGGCUACAUUUUGACCCAAGCAUAUGA